AUGCUCCGGAGUCAACAAAUUCACGCACAGGUCCACCGGGUCAAGACCACCUCAGGACAAACGACUCUAGUGCCAGAUGAAAUCGCGUUGGAGUUCCGGACAUUUUCCUUCUCCCUCUACAAUAUUACUCGAGCAGAGAGGGACAGCGCUGAGGGUAAUCGGGAGCUGGAGCGGAACAACUUCCUGGCGACUUAUGUCGCCUUCCCCCUCCAGGCGCAUGAUGCUGCGAUGCUCGAACUCCCAGUCCCGGAAAAAGAACUCCUGAAGGCCAUCAAAACCUUGAAGACGGGCCGAGCCUGGGUCCGGAUGGACUAA